AUGACAGAACUCGAAUAUAUCGAGCCAUGUGAAAGAUUCGGCAGAGUAGGUUCGAGAGUAGUUGAGCUUAGAAUGACUCCUGCGAGUGGAUAUCUUUAUCACGAUGAAACUGUGUCCGAAGAUAAGUACACCUCUGGAUGGAGGCUCUUGAGUAUGGGGAUAUUCUCGGCUCAAAUGGAGUCAUCGAUCGUCAGUACUUCUAUCCUCUCCAUUACCAAUGAAUCAAAAGGAUUCGAUGAAGCUUCGUGGGUUUUCACUUCCUAUAUGCUCACACACGCUGGUGUUCAACCUACAAAUUAUCAUGCUAGUUUCAAAUUUUAA